AUGGCCAAGUCAAAGUCUCCGGAGAAACCAAGUGCGGAAGAGUCUUUCUUAUCUCAACCCAACUCAGAUGCUAUGGGCCAGCUUACAACGGCGGUCGAUGAGCUUCUCGAUCAAUUACAGAGCAAGCUCGAUGGUGUGACGAAAGAAAUGUUCGGCAAACUGGACGAUAUGACACGGCGCUUAGAUGAAUUGGAGGCCUCAUUGGCGGCAUCGAGUACGGAGCCUUCAGAUGCUCCUCCGUCAAAGUGA